GAAUUCUUAUUUUCGAUUACCUUUUCUAAGAAAUUUAUUAUUAUUUGGUUUUCUAUUUUUUUAGAAAAAAAAAAUAAUGAAUUGGAUUGUAGAUUAUGUUUUAAAGCUGAUACUAACCAUGAAAUUCUGUACACAUUUAUAUGCACAGAUUUAAAAUUCAUAACAACUAGACACAAACCACAGUAUGUGUAUUUGAAUCAGUUAAAUGCAUCAAGCAAGACUUAUAUAGUCAGAGUAGUAGUUGCUGAAAAGGGAAGAGACAUACUAUCUUCCAAAAAAACUGUCAGAUUCCAGACUUUGCUACUGAAGGACGAGCAGGGCAACAGGAUGCGAGGUACUUUAUUUGGAGAUCAGAUUGAGGCUUUUGAAGAUGCACUGCAGUAUCUGGGAGAGUAUGAUAUUUCUGCUGCAACAAUCAAAUUUAUAGAUGAAAAAUGGAGAACUGACCUUGAUCAGUUCCCUUACCAAAUGACUUUUGGUAGUAGAACUGUGAUUCAGCCAGUUGAUCCUGAACUUGGACCAGUUUUACCUAACUACCAGCUAAUAGCAGCUAUUCCUCGUGCAGUGGAUCCUGAUGAGAGAUAUGAUGUUGUAGGAGUGGUUCUUUAUGUUGAAGACGAACCAAGAACAGUUGAAGGGAAAGAUGGAGGACGAGAUAGCUUAGUGCAAAAAAAUAAUCAUCACUGAUCAGAGCUGCGAUCAACCACUCUCCAUCUCUCUGUGGAAUGACUUGACAGAAGCAAGGUACUUCGACGGAUUAAAAAACUGGGCAGAUUCGUUCCAAGUCAU